UGUCGGUGACGGUGUGGGUGAUUUUCCUGGUGCGCUGUUGCAACAACGAGAGUGGAGUUGUCUUGAGUAUGAAGGGGAGGUUAUAUCCUAUGGCUUGUGUAGCGUUACUAGUUAGCUACGUGUAGUGUAAAGCUGUCCAGUAGCUUUUUGAAGCAAAAGUCUUGGUAGCAUGCCAAAGGGAUACAGAUAUCAACAUCAUUUGGAAUACAGGAAGCCUGAAUAGGCUUGUCAGUUAUCUUGGUCUUUUUCUAAAAAAAACAAAAAACUGGAUAACCUUCCCUGGUGAGGAUACUAGUCGCAGUCACAAUUCAUUAGCCUGGAUAAACGUUGGCAUAUGUAAAAGAAAUCCAAAUGGAUAUAAAUGAACAAAAAGUUCGGAAUCAGGACAGUAACCCAUGCAUUGAAGAAAGUGAUGCCUCCCAUAAGUGUUUGGGUGCCUACAACUAUGAUAAGAGCAUGUGUUCAACCUAUUUCCAGAGAUAUAAAGACUGUAGGAAAUACUGGCACAAAAUAAUGCUGCAGAGGAGAAGACAUGGUGUGAGACCUGACAUGCCCACUGCUGCAGAGAGGCAGGAGAUGCUUUCUGCUAUUGGAGGCAAACCAUACUGAGAAUCAGCAGGGUCACACAGAGACAAUGUGAAGACCAGUAGGCCCAGGAAAUUAGCUACAGGCCAACUCAUUUGGUGAUGCUACUACACUGCAGUGGCUGAGUCUAUAGUGUGAUUGACCUGCUCUCAAGCUCAAGUCAUGUUGAAGUGACCAUCUGUAGCUGGAUGUUAUUCUAAAAGAGAAAAUAUGUGAUUGGUCAUUUAUUGAAGUUAUUGCCAAUGUGACAUGAACUGACACAAUAUGAAACGAAAUAAAGAGCAUUUAAAGCAUUUUUUGUUUUUGUUUGAAGAAAAAAGUCCUGGGGCCUGUUCCAGAAAGCAGAUUUAACAAACUCUGAACCUAACGCUGAACUCUUGAGUAUGUUCACUCUGAGUUAAAUGUGUGCAUGGUAUAUGAAAAAAAGUCAUAAUCAAUGGAGCUUUGAUAUGAUGGUUCACCAUGGCAACGGGUAAAUAAAAAGAGAAAAGUCUCCAUUUUAAUCCAGUGGAGCUAGAAAUGAAUGUGUCACUGUUACAUUAAAAUUUUGAGAUUCAUUUAUUUGGCUGUAACCUGUUGGGGCCAAA